AGGGAGCAUAUGGCCCAAGAAGAAAAACCUACUCUUGAACUCUUUGUCAAGGCCAGCAGUGAUGCUGAAGGUGUGGGUAACUGUCCUUUCUCUCAGAGACUCUUCAUGAUUCUCUGGUUAAAAGGAGCUAAGUUUAUAGUCAGCACUGUAGACACAAAGAGACCACAGUGUAAGCUAAAGGACCUGGCUCCAGGUUCUCAACCUCCAUUCCUGAGGGUUAAUGAUGACAUCAAAACUGACGUUAACAAGAUUGAGGAGUUCCUGGAAGACACAUUAGCGCCACCCGAAUACCCCAAAUUGUGCUGUCGAUACAAGGAGUCCCUGUCUGUUGGAGAAGAUAUCUUUCGCAAUUUCUCAUCAUAUAUAAAGAAUGACAAGCCCGGAUUAAAUCCAAGGUUAGAGAAGAAAUUCCUGGCAACAUUGGUGAAACUCAAUAUUUACCUUGAGACGCCACUUCCUUAUGAAUUGGACAAGAGCCCGAACGCCACAGAGUCUUCACGUCUCUACCUCGAUGGAGACUCUCUCACUUUAGCCGACUGUAACCUGCUUCCCAAACUCAACAUUGUCAAGGUGGUGUGCAAGAAGUAUCGUGAUUUUGGAAUUCCUGCAUAUCUGAAAGGCCUCAAACGUUAUCUGGACAACGCCUACAAACAGGAUCCGUUUCGUUGUACUUGUCCAAAUGAUACAGAGAUCAAUAAUGCAUAUGAAUCCGUAGCCAAGUACCUCAAGGAAGAGAUUUAA